ACCGUAAAAGAAAAAAAACAGAAUUUAUUUCUUCAUUUUUAAUUCAAAUUUUCCUUCCAUUUAUUUUUACUGUUUAUUUUAUGCUGUCCUUUGGUACUAUGUUUUUUUCUGUAUUUUAACUCCAUCAUAUUUUUUAACACUCUCCCAUUCCUAUUCCCUGACUCCUGGUAGAAUCUGACAUCCACUUCGACUUGUAUUUCCAUCCUUCUUUAGGAUAACCCAUUCUCUCUCCAUUUUCCUCCCCCCCUCUCUCUCUCUCUAUUUUCCUUCCUCUCUUUCUUUAUUCUCCUCCCUCCCCACUCUCAAUUUUCUUCCAUAUCUUUCACUCUAUUUCCCUCUCUUUCCUCUCACUCUCCGUCACCUCUGCCCCUCUAACAAACAUCCUACCCUGUCUAAAUUUUCCCCCCCUUCCUCCUUCUUUCCUCUCAUCCCGUACACAUAUUCUCUAUUACUUUUUUUUCAAGCAUCUCCCCAUUCAUAUACCCUUACCUAAAUAUUUCUUCCCCUCUCUUUCAUUUCCAUCUUUCUCUCUAACUCACCCUCAUAUUCCCUCCACCUUUCUCAGUCAACUUAACAAAACAGUCUCACACACACUUUCCUUACUAUAGCCGCCGCCGCCUCCACCACCACAACCACCAUCACCACCACACUACUACUACUAUUACUACAUCUGCUGCUACUGAUGACCAGGGAGUCUACUCCUUCGCAAACAAUGUCCGAGUCGGUCAGUAAACUUCACCGAUCCAAGUUCAAGCGCGGGCCUCGCGGGACAGCUGGACGUACACUUCCUUGAUGCCACUUUCCAUGCUGCUCCUAUGUUGAGACUUCAAAGUCCAAUGUAAUUCGAAUUCGAAGAAUCCCUGGAGUUGCCAGAAAUACAUCUAUCCUUUCCCACCAUCCUCUACACUUAUGAGUAUGUGGCACGUUGAAUAAAUUUUGAUUUUAAGGCUGGUCUUCUGUUCAUGGGCCGCUGAGAACAUUGUUAGUCUUGUGACGUCUGUGAAACUACAUUCAAUUCAGACAUACAUAGAACAGACAAGAAAAAAACAAAAACAGCAACGACAACAUUGACAACAACAUUAACAACAACAACAAUACUCAAUGUUCUUCUCAUUUCCACAUUUGAUUGAUUUUUAAACUUGGAUAAACUGAUUCCUUAUCGCACAAGUACCAAUCCAUUGCCAAGAUGUAUCCUUUUCAACCAAUGUUUCCGAUGACCAAUCAACCACCGCUGUACAGUGGGCAGCCAGUUUAUCCAAGCAGUUAUCCAAAAUGUCCAGAAAAGACAAUGCCACUUGCUGAAAAGACUUACAGUUCAGGUGAGAUGGGCAGGAAAGAUGUUCCUACCACUCUAGGAUCACCUUCAGCAAUGGACGAAGCUGGCAGAGAGUCCCUUCCACCCCAUCACUCUCCCUCUCAUAUGUAUGACAAUAAGCAACCGCAACAUCAGCCACUGGAAAAAGAUUUCCAGUGUAGUUUCUGUAAAAAAGGAUUCUCAAAUCAGUUUUUUCUAAAGAACCAUGAACUCACUCACACAGGACUGAAGCCUUUUGAGUGCAGUUACUGUGGAAAAGCCUUCACACAGAAAAUCAACCUUAAAAAUCAUCUGCGAACUCACACUGGGGAGAAGCCAUUCCAGUGUACAGUUUGUAAUAAAUCUUUUAGUCAGCGUGGUAAUUUGAAGCUUCACCUUAGAACGCACACUGGGGAGAAACCCUUUGCCUGUGAUGUCUGUGGGAAAGCCUUUUCCCAGAAGAUUAAUUUAAACGACCAUAAACGACUUCACACAGGAGAGCUCUACUAUUGUCAGUUCUGCAAGAAACCGUUUUGUAACCAGUUUUUUCUAAAGAUACACGAACGUACACAUACAGGGGAACUGUAUAAAUGCACAUUCUGUACAAAAUCUUUCACUUUACAGAUAAAUUUGAAAAAUCACUUAAGGACACACACAGGGGAGAAACCAUUCCAAUGUAAUGUCUGUAAUAAAGCAUUUAGUCAGAGAGGAAACUUAAAACUUCAUUUGAGGACCCAUACAGGAGAGAAGCCAUUUGCGUGUGACAUAUGUGGAAAGGCCUUUUCUCAAAAGAUCAACUUGAAUGAUCAUAAGCGUAUACACACUGGAGAGUUAUUUUAUUGUAGCUACUGCAAGAAAUCGUUUUGUAACCAGUUUUUUUUGAAGAUCCAUGAGCGUACACACACUGGGGAAGUGUUUAAAUGUGAAUAUUGCAGCAAAACAUUUUCACAGAAAAUCAAUCUUAAAAAUCACGAACGAACACACACUGGUGACCGACCGUUUCAGUGCCAUGUUUGUUCAAAAGCUUUUAGCCAAAGAGGUAACUUAAAACUCCAUCUCCGAACGCAUACAGGUGAGAAACCCUUUGCCUGUGAUGUCUGUGGGAAAGCCUUUUCCCAGAAGAUUAAUUUAAACGACCACAAAAGACUUCACACAGGAGAGCUCUACUAUUGUCAGUUCUGCAAGAAACCGUUUUGUAACCAGUUUUUCCUCAAAAUCCACGAACGUAUCCACACCGGGGAGCUGUAUAAAUGUGAUUAUUGUCCCAAAGAAUUUACUCUUCAAAUAAAUUUGAAAAAUCACAUGAGAACACACACAGGGGAAAAGCCAUUUAAAUGUAACCUGUGUGACAAAGCUUUUAGCCAGAGAGGUAAUUUGAAGCUUCACCUUCGCACCCAUGCUGGAGAGAAACCAUACUGUUGUGACCUUUGUCCUAAGGUAUUCUCGCAGGCUGGUAACUUGAAAACUCAUCUUCGUACUCAUACUGGAGAGAAGCCAUUUAAGUGUGAAAGUUGUGGGAAAUCGUUCUCGCAAAAGGCAAACUUAAACAAUCAUAGGCGCACACGUACCGGUUGUGAACUCUUCACAAAGAAUCCACAACCCCCGGCAUCGCAAAUGCAUUCGCUGUCAUCUCCAAACUCUUCUUCAUCUUUGUUGAACAGUGGAAGCCGAAUGAGUCAUCAGUCCUCGAACCACACCCAAGAAAAGCCUCCGUCUGCAUUCAGCACAUGUGAGAGUGAAUCUCAUAUUGCCACUCACAAACGGCCUCGACCCGGCUGCGAACCUCCCCUCCCUCAACCGCCCCCUUCAAUGUUGAGUGGGAACAGCACGCCCACUCACUCCACACAUCCGCAGAACAAAAGCUCUUCCCCAUUUAAUACAUACAGCCCAGAAACACACAGCAACAAACAUCAUCAGCACAUACCAAAUUCUUCAUCACCACCAAUCUCAUCGUCUUCACAUAAAAACAGCAUGAAAGUCAAUCAGGGUGGUUCACCCCACCCCGGGCCCAUGUCAUUAGCACAUCACCGAGAUCCUCAUGUGCAAUCCACUCAGUUACAGACCCCUUCGAUCCCAGUCUCUCAUACAUCCACCCCAGCAUAUCUGCACGAAAUGCCACAGAGUUGGGAGAGCAACUAUCUGUGGUCUAGAGGGUACCCCAUGCCUCCUUUGCUUGGUUCUAGCUGGCCUAGCGUUCCUUCCGGCUAUUCCUGUGGGGUCAAGCAAGGUAAACAAACUUCUUGGAACAACAUCCAAGGCAUUCACGCACCUUCUAAGAGUAACUCCGACCACUACGGCAAUGACAAAUAACAAUUAAAUAAUUAAAAACUUAACCAAUCAAACAACCAAUAAUAUUUGGAACAUUCAUAGAUAUGAAUAACAACAGCAGCAGCAGCACAAACUGUUAAUAUUAGUAGUUGUAAUGAUAGUAAUAAUGAUAAUAAUAAUAAUAAUAAUAAUAAUAAUAAUCAUCAUAAUAAUAAUUAAAAACACCUUGAACCUUUUCUUUCCCUGUCUACUUAAUUAUGUUUCCUCAACUUUGAUUUUAUAACUCAACCCGUGUUUCGAAUUUCAUUUUAUCAAUGGUGUUAACACUUCCUUCAUUGGAAUUUCAUGAAAAUUUUGUCAAAGCAGUCUGUCCUACAAAGUGAGACAUUUCUUCCCCCCUACCCUGAAAAAGCAGAAUCUGUGCUGGCCAAAUUCUAAUAUUAGAAACUCACCCAAAAGUUUUGACGACUGUUAUGGCUCCUCUUGAUAAUUUAAAUUUUUAAAAAAAUUUCUUUUUUUUUUAAUGGAGAAGAGCUGCUGUGUUGUAAAAGCAUCUGAUUGAUUUUUAGCUCAGUGUCUCCUGCCUUGAUGCCUCUUACAGUAUAUAAGUAUAUGACAGACUCUGUUAUUGAAUACGUUUUAUGCAAACAUCACGGACUCCUCUUUCCAGCUUGAACAUUUCUUCAGAAAGAUACAGUAUUUGUAGCAAUUGCGAUUUAUGUUCUUGUUCUGUGUGUGUAUAUGUAUGUAUGUAUGUGCAUAUAUAUAUAUAUAUGUAUG